CUCCAGAUAAAACUUAUCUGUGCUCCAAAUUUGAAGUAUUUCAGCUUUCGAAAACUCGAUAUGACCUUCCCUGCAGAAGUGCAAAUUCCUACUCAGGACUUGUUCCGACUAGAUGGUAGAUCCAUAUUCAUAUCCGGAGGAGCUGGCGCGGUAGGAACGACGAUCGGCAAAGCAAUCCUCGAGAGUGGAGGAGAUGCUGUAUUCUCCGACAUGGUGUCUUCCCCGGACCCUGAUACGUGGAAGAGUCUAGAAGAUACUGCCACGAAAAACGGAACCAAGGCAUGGUAUCAUCAACUCGAUAUCACUGAUGCCGAGAGCGUCCCAAAAGUCUUCGAUGACAUUCGCAAAGAGCUUCGCUUUCCAUUUAGAGGCCUUGUAGCUUGUGCCGGCAUCUCUGGCGAGUGUGACGCCUGCGAUUACCCUAUCGACGUGUUUCGGAAGAUUGUAGAUGUCAAUCUCACAGGAACUUUCCUCAUCACGCAAGCCGUCGCGAAAGAGAUGCAUGCGGCUGAAGUGACUGGCAGUAUGGUUCUGAUAGCUAGUAUGAGUGGUUUGGUAGCAAAUAAGGGCAUAAAUACUGCCCCUUACAACGCGUCCAAAUCGGCAAUACAUCAACUAACUCGCUCCCUUGCCGCUGAGUGGGGUCAUCCACAAAACACGUUCCCUGGACGAACCCCGGGUGACGCCAAUCCGAACCCCAAUGAGGAGCGCAAGCCGUAUCCACCUAUCCGAGUGAACUCAGUCAGUCCCGGGCAUAUUGAGACUCCAAUCACGGGUGCAGCAAAACAGAGGGGUCUAGUAAGUCAAUGGGAAAAACAAAACAUGCUCGGAAGGAUUAGUCAAGCCGAAGAAUACAGAGCUCCCAUACUCUUCCUAUUGGCCCCAGGAUCCAGCUUUAUGACUGGUGCCGAUCUGCGGGUGGACGGUGGCCACUGCGCUUGGUGA